AUGUUGGGCUGGGUCCACAAGGUGCUGCCUCAGCCCCCGGGCACCCCUCAGAAGACCAAGAUGCAGGAAGAAGAGGAGGCAGAGCCAGAGCUGGUGCUGGAGCCAGAGCCAGAGCCAGAGCCAGAGCCAGAGCCUGAGCCUGAAGCAACCCCUGAAGAGGUGGAGCCAGAGGGCGGCUCCCUGGCCACUGCCCAGCAUCCUGGGGGAUACAACAAGCCUGGGAGGCUGGGAGAAGGGAGUGAAGGUCUGGCUCUGGAGACCCAGGAGGCUGCCCCUCUUCUAUCCACAGCCCUCCAGGCCCAGGCCACAGUGGUUCCCGUUGUGAACAGCUCCAGUAACGGGGUGCUGACAUGGCUCCGGAAGGGCGUCCAGAGGAUCAUACCGCAGCCUGUGUACAGUGAUAGGCCAGGCCAGGAUGCUGCUGCUGACAUAAGACCUGCAGCUCAGGAUGGAGCACAGGUCUUUGGGCCCUGCAGCACAGGGGACACAGGGAGCUUCCUGUGCCACAUUCAGAUCCCCAGACCGCUCCCACUCCUCACCUGCUACCUCAGGAAACUGAAGCUGGACCAGGUGCUCCAGAGCCUGGUCCAGCUGCCUGGCCCGUGGCUGCUCAGGUGGCUGGAGCAGAAUCUGGAGAAAGUGCUGCCUCAGUCCCCCAAGCUCUCUGAGGGUUGCAGAACUGAACCUGCAGAUGCUGUCUUGGACCCAGAGCCUCCGGAACCCGACCCGGAGACGGAGCCCACCGAGAGCCCCUCCCUGCCCAGUCCUGGGUCCUUGGAGGCUGAGGUGGAGCCGGCUGCAGAGCCCCUGCCCAGCUUGCAGGCCUCCUCCUUGCCACCCCCUGGGGACCCUGCCAGGUUGAUAGCAUGGCUCCUGCACAGGCUGGAGAUGGCCCUGCCACAGCCGGUGCUCCACGGGAAAGUCAGGGAGCAGGAACCUGGUUCCCCUGAGAGGUGUGACGUGCAGACCAUCAGAAUCCUCCCCACGGAGCUGGUGGAGCCUGACCUUGUACUCGAAGAGGUUGACCCUCACUGGGAAGAUACCGAGCAGGACAGCAGCGCCAGUCCACAGGAGACAGAGGCAGCUCUGGCCUAUGAGGACGAGGAUGAGGCCGUGGUGGAGAUGCACAGGGAGCUGCCCCUGAUUCAAGAGGAAAAAGAAGAGGAGGAGGACGGCAAGGAGGAGGAGAAGGAGAAGGAGGAGGAGGAGGAGAAGGAGAAGGAGGAGGAGGAGGAGAAGGAGGAGAAGGAGAAGGAGGAGGAGGAGAAGGAGAAGGAGAAGGAGGAGGAGAAGGAGAAGGAGAAGGAGGAGGAGAAGGAGAAGGAGGAGGAAGAAGAGGAUGAGGAGGCACAGGAGCCUGAUUCUCUGGGUCUCAGUGUCCUGCUGGAUAGCUGUUUGGUGGCAGAAGCAGCUGUGGACAAGAGCGACGUAGACGAGGCACAGUACCAGGAGGCCUUGCUGCAGGAGCCGCAGGAGGAGGCCGAAGCCACCUGCUCACCAGGUCGUGAUGUGGAGCUCAAUCGCCUGGUCCAGGACCAGCCACCUGGCCAGGUGGUCCCCAGGCCUGGUCCCCUAAACCUGGCUGAGCACCUCCCCAACGUGCCCAGCUAUCGCCCCUCCAUCACCCGCAUCCCUGUCCUCAUCUCCCGGAGAACAACCUUGUCCAACUCCAGCUUCGCCAAGGAGACCAGGAGCUCCAUCCGCCGCCUAGUGCCUGCCACGGAGGAGCACCCUGAAGUGCAGGUGGAGGAUACGGAUGCCGACAGCUGUCCUCUCAUCAAGGAGAAGCCACCCUCGCCUGUGCUGCCGCCGCCUUCGCCUGCCAAAUCUGACACACUCGCUGUUCCAGGCUCGGCUUCGGAGGCACACAGGAAGAAGCUGCCCUCGCAGGACGAUGAGGCUGAAGAGCUCAAGGUUUUGUCACCAGCUGAGUCCCCAGUGGCCACCUGGUCGGAUCCCGCCACCCCACAGGAGGCCGAUGGCCAGAACCGCGCUGCCUCCACGGCCAGCCAGAACAGUGCCAUCAUCAAUGACCGGCUUCAGGAGCUGGUGAAACUUUUCAAGGAGCGGACGGAGAAGGUGAAGGAGAAGCUCAUUGACCCCGAUGUCACCUCGGAUGAGGACAGUCCCAAGCCCUCCCCGGUGAAGAAAGCCCCGGAGCCGGCCCCGGCCGCAAAGCCAGCUGAGGUGGAAGAAGUGGAGGAGCACUACUGUGACAUGCUCUGCUGCAAGUUCAAGCGCAGGCCCUGGAAGAAGUACCAGUUCCCCCAGAGCAUCGACCCCCUGACCAACCUCAUGUACAUCCUGUGGCUGUUCUUCGUGGUGCUGGCCUGGAACUGGAACUGCUGGCUGAUUCCUGUGCGCUGGGCCUUCCCCUACCAGACGCCUGGCAACAUCCACCUGUGGCUGCUGAUGGAUUACCUGUGCGACCUCAUUUACCUCCUGGACAUCACUGUCUUCCAGAUCCGCCUGCAGUUUGUCAGAGGCGGGGACAUCAUUAUGGACAAGAAGGAGAUACGAAACAACUACCUGAAGUCUCGCCGAUUUAAGAUGGACGUGGUCUGCCUCCUGCCCUUGGAUUUCCUCUACUUGAAAUUUGGGGUGAACCCCCUUCUCCGCCUACCCCGCUGUUUAAAGUACAUGGCCUUCUUCGAGUUUAACAACCGCUUGGAAGCCAUCCUCAGCAAGGCCUACGUUUACAGGGUCAUCAGGACCACAGCCUACCUGCUGUACAGCUUGCAUCUGAACUCGUGUCUUUAUUACUGGGCCUCGGCCUUUGAGGGCCUUGGCUCCACUCACUGGGUUUAUGAUGGCGUGGGAAACAGUUACAUUCGCUGCUACUACUGGGCUGUGAAGACCCUCAUCACCAUCGGGGGGCUGCCUGACCCCCAGACGCUCUUUGAAAUUGUCUUCCAGCUGCUGAACUAUUUCACGGGUGUCUUCGCUUUCUCUGUGAUGAUUGGACAGAUGAGAGAUGUGGUAGGGGCAGCCACUGCAGGACAGACUUACUACCGCAGCUGCAUGGACAGCACAGUGAAGUACAUGAACUUUUACAAGAUCCCUAGAUCCGUACAGAAUCGUGUCAAGACCUGGUAUGAGUACACCUGGCACUCACAAGGCAUGCUGGACGAGUCGGAGUUGAUGGUGCAGCUUCCAGACAAGAUGCGGCUGGACCUUGCCAUCGACGUGAACUAUGACAUCGUUAGCAAAGUGGCGCUCUUCCAGGGCUGUGACCGGCAGAUGAUCUUCGACAUGCUGAAGCGCCUGCGCUCUGUUGUCUACCUGCCCAAUGACUACGUAUGCAAGAAGGGUGAGAUUGGCCGAGAGAUGUACAUCAUCCAGGCGGGCCAGGUGCAGGUCCUGGGUGGCCCUGAUGGCAAGGCGGUGCUAGUGACGCUGAAAGCAGGAUCUGUGUUUGGAGAGAUCAGCCUGCUGGCCGUCGGGGGCGGGAACCGGCGCACUGCCAAUGUCGUGGCUCAUGGGUUCACCAACCUCUUUAUUCUGGAUAAAAAGGAUUUGAAUGAAAUUUUGGUACACUAUCCUGAGUCUCAGAAGUUGCUCCGGAAGAAGGCCAGGCGCAUGCUGAGAAACAACAACAAACCCAAGGAGCAGAAGAGCGUGCUCAUCCUGCCGCCGCGGGCCGGCACCCCCAAGCUCUUCAACGCGGCCCUGGCUGUAGCAGGCAAGAUGGGCAAGGGCGGCAAAGGCGGUAAGCUCGCGCACCUCCGGGCCCGGCUCAAGGAGUUGGCGGCGCUGGAGGCGGCUGCCAGGCAGCAGCAGUUGCUGGAGCAGGCCAAGAGUGCACAGGAAGCUGCUGGGGAAGCUGGCCGGGACCAGCCUGCACCUCAGGAGCCCCAGAAACUCCAGGAGCCCCAGGAGCCCCAGGACCCCCCGGAUGCUCCAGCCCCACACUCUCCACUGCCGACCUCCACAGAGAAGCCCAAGGGCGCUGAGGAGGAACUGGCCAGCACAGAGGAGCCCUCGGUACAGAUCCACUUGAGCCCAGGUCCAGAGCCCAGCGAGCAGACGCUGUCUGUUGAGCAGACACUGCCGGAGAAGGAUACUGCAGAGUGA